AUGGGUUCUACCCAGAAAGCAGGUGCUGAUGAAGCCAGUGUGGUAUCUGGCUGCCCACGCCCCCCUGCUCAGCAUGCGUCUCUACAGAGCCUGGUGCUCUGUGACAUUGUCAUGGUGCAGCCGGAAGGAGACACCACAGGAGAGGCUGUCCUGGCCCUAGUGAAGGAACUGAGCGGGUCAGACAUGGUGUCGGUCACCAAGUGGUGCCAGUUCGGGUAUGAGGAGGCCGGAAAAGCUGAGGAUUUUGCCAAGAGGCCCUUUGCUGCCAGAUUCCAGACAUCCAGCACAACAACUCUAAAGACAAAAGGGACAAGACCACAGAAGCACCAAAGAAAUGGCAGGAAAAGAGAAGGGAAGAAAAAGCCCAGGAGAAAGGAUGGAGACACACUGCAUGCAUGCCCCCGCUCCCCUUCUCCUCCGGUAGCCGUUCAGGAAGCUGUGGAGGUAGCUUUAGAUGCUGGAUAUCGGCACAUCGACUGUGCUUAUUUUUACCAGAACGAGGCCGAGAUCGGAGCAGCCUUUCAAAAGAAGUUCAGGGAAGGGAAGCUGAAGAGAGAUGAGCUUUAUGUGGUGAGCAAGCUGUGGAACAUCUUCCACGCCCCGCAGGAUGUGAAGCCGGCUUUCCUGAAAAGCCUGACAAUGCUGAACCUGGAUUACCUGGAUCUCUAUCUCAUGCACUCUCCAAUGGGCUUUCCGAAUAUCAGCGGGGAGCUCAUGCCUCAAAAGGACGGGUUGCUUCUGCAGUCGGAUGUGGACUACGUGGACACCUGGAGGGCGAUGGAGAAGCUGGUGGACGAAGGCCUGGUGAAAUCGGUGGGAGUUUCCAACUUCAACGUCUCCCAGCUGGAGAGGCUGCUGUCCGUGUGCAGGAUCAAACCUGCCGCCAACCAGGUGGAGCUGCAUCCCUACCUGACCCAGCCCGAGCUGGUGGAGUACUGCAAGUCUAAGGGGAUUGUCCUCAUUGCAUACAGUCCCUUCGGCUGCCCUGCCCUGCCCUGCAGCAGAAGGCUUUGCUGCCUCCUAGUGGUGCUGGGAAGGUGACUUCCCACCAGCCUCCUGUUUGCAAAGUGCUGCUUGUUCUCCGAGAGCAGCAGCUGUUGUUCAGGACUCUCCAAAUUCUCUUCCCUUAGCCCUUCGGGGGAGAACAGCCCUGUGCCUCUCCUGGAGAAUCCCAUAGUGAAUGAGAUCGCUCAGAAGCAUGGAAAGACCAGCGCUCAGGUUCUCAUCCGCUUCCACAUUCAGAGGGGCAUUGCCACCAUCCCGAAAAGCAUCACCCCGGCCCGCAUCGUGGAGAACGCAGAGGUAACGGGGAUGGCUAGCGAGCCGGGAGCCCUCUUCGCUCCUGGCCUAUGGCUGAGGUGUUACUGUCACCAGAGCAGGGUAUAUGACUUUCACCUGACACACAAAGAAAUCCAGAUGCUGGAAGGACUAAACUGCAACACGCGAUUUAUUAAAUGGAACUUGCUGGGGAUGGAGACACACAAACAUUUCCCAUUCAGUGACAAGAAAUGGGAAGUCAAUCCUGGAAGAUCCAGUUCCCAGUAA